AUGUCGCCCGCCGCCGCCAUCGCUAACGGCGAGCAUGGACACGUGCGCUUCAUCCCCCAGACGUACGACAACACCGACUCGCGCCGCUCAGCCCUAAAGCUCAUUCUCACUCUCAUGCCUCACUGGGCUGCCGACGAGGCUCAUAUCGACUUUGUCCGCUUCACCGAUGGCAUCACCAACACGCUGCUAAAGGCGGUCAACCGUCGCCCCGGACAGUCCAAGGCUGACAUGGAUCGCGAUGCCGUCCUGCUGCGUGCCUACGGCAACGGCACCGACGUGCUUAUUGACCGCGAGCGCGAGGCGGCUAAUCACGAGCUGCUUAUGCGCUACAACCUCGCUCCCGAGCUGCUGGCCCGCUUCGCAAACGGCAUGCUUUACCGCUUCAUCCCCGGUGCCGUCGCACAGCCCAAGGACCUGGCCGAUCCCGACAUCCUGUCCGCUGUGGCGAGAAGGCUCGCCCAGUGGCACGCGACCGUCCCGUGCCUACCGGGCUCGGGCGUCAAAUCUGACAAUUCUAGCACCGGAGCCGCUAAUGGCGAUGCCGACCGUGCCAAGAUUAUCAAUGCCGCUCCAGGCAAGCCGUUCCCCAACGUCUGGACGACCAUGCAGAAGUGGAUCCUCGCUCUCCCGACCGACACGGAACAACAGAGAGAGCGCCGCGACCGUCUGCAGAGUGAGCUCGGAGACAUGAUUCAGAAGCUGAGCCAGCGUCCCGGUCUGGGCGAUAAUGGGUUGGUGUUUGCUCACUGUGAUCUCCUCAGCGCCAACGUCAUCAUUCACCGCCAGGGUAAUGCUGCCACGACGGUGAGCUUCAUCGACUACGAAUAUGGCACCCCCUCACCCGUGGCCUUUGACGUCGCGAACCACUUCGCGGAAUGGGCCGGCUACGACUGUGACUACUCCGCCGUCCCCACCCAGUCUCAGCGACUCGCCUUUAUCCGCGAGUACAUCAAGUCGUAUGCUAAGCUGUCCGGCACCGCCAUGGAUGAGGAGGAGGAGACACGGAAGCUCAUGGACGAGGUUGAUGAGUUCCGCGGCGUCCCGGGCUUCUACUGGGGCAUCUGGUCACUGAUUCAGGCCACCAUUUCGCACAUUGACUUUGACUAUGCCAAUUACGCUGAGGAGCGGCUGGGCGAGUAUUGGGCGUACAAGGCCGAGGUGGAUGGCAGCCGCGAGGCGUCGGGCAAGGAGAUGCCCCUGCGGGAGAAGACGUGGUCGAGCCGCGAAUGA